GAAAAACGUCGAGAAUGUUCUCUUGUUCCGUCGCAGUAUGCAUCAGCGGUAAGGGGCAAGGGCGGUGAAGUGGGGAGGUGUACUGCCGCACAGCGCGGCGUCAUUCUCGGUUCAACGCUGAGGUGCGGUGUGCGUCUCUGAGUCAAUAUGGAAUUUUUCGAAGACAAUUUAAUAGAAUUAGUUCGCAACUAUCCUUCUUUAUAUAAAAAUAAAGACAAAAAACAUAAAAGUUUGAUUGUCAAAGAUAAUGGUUGGAGGGAGAUAGCUGAGAAGUUGAAUAAAACACCUGAAGAAUGUAAGAAUAAGUGGCGUAAUUUACGCGACAAUUAUAGAAAAAAUCAGAAUAAGAAGAAAACCGGAAGUGUUUCUUUCGUUUCAAAGUAUGACGACGAAAGACUUAAAUUUAUAAAUGACAGCUUUUAAGAAAGGGAGUCUAUUUCAAAUCUAAAUCCCGGAAAUGUUCUUGAGGUUGAUGAAGAUAACAAUUUGCCAGUAGAGAUAUGUUCAGGACCAACUUCUUCAAUGCCGAGUUCAACGCCGUAUUCACCAUGUGAAUCUAUUUCAAACCAACAAUCGCAAGAAGGACAUUCAAUAACACAAAACAAAACUCAAGGUACAUCACAAGUGAAAAAGAAAAAAAGAGACAGCCUUGUCGAAGAGUUUAGAAAGAAUAGAGAAGAAAGAACAAACAUGUUGAGACAAAUUACAGAAAAAGGCAAUACUCCAGUACACAUAUUCUUUAGGAGUAUGGCCGACGUAGUUUGUCAAUUUCCUCCGGACAAAAUAGCUCAAAUCAGAGCACAAGUUUGUAAAAUCGUUACUGAAAUAGAAUUAUUGGUCUUGGCGCAACGAGAAACACCAUCCCCACAGCAAUCAUUCAACACACCACAGCAUCCAAUCCACGCAUACAACUCACAACGAGAGACACCAUCCCCACAACAAUCAUUCAACAUACUUUGAUGUUAUACCGAGUUACUGUAUUCGAUUAAUAAAAAUAAUAUGAUUA